AUGGCCCAAGAUUCUAUAGGACAUCAAACAUCAAUUUUAAUAAAUAUUUAUCUAAAUAAUUUAAACGAUAAUCCAGUUAAAUUUCAUAGAAAUUUUCUUCAAAUACAAAUUCAACAAAAUCAAUCACAUAGAACAUUUCUUAGUUAUAUUCAAGCAGAAGAUAAAGAUAAAAAUCAUCAAAUUUUAUAUUAUUUACAUCCAAAUGAUUGA